UCCUAGAUAGAACACUCAAUCGCUGCAUUGACGGCCAUUGACACGGUGGAAAUUCUCUUGUGGUAGACUAAGCAUCAAAAUGAUACAAGCCUAAUAGUCAGGAUUAACAUGAAAUGAGACUCUGCUCAUCAUAUUGAAUUCUAAGUCAGCAUUCUUCAAAAUUAGUUUUUGAGGAAAGUACGUAAUUUCUUGGAAGGGAUCUAGCAUCAGUUAAUUACGAGAACUAAUUCCUGGCUUGAGGAGCGUGUGCAGUUCCUGAAGCUCCGAAAGUUGUUGCUAACACCUGCCUAUUGUAGCAGCUGAUUCAAAAACCAAGAAAACGUUUGUAGGAGACAUGGCCACCACACCAUUCCAGGGGACACCUCGUCGACGUGAGGUAUGGCUACGACAGCUGAUACGAAAAUGGGGUGCUCUCAGCAACACUGGGAGCUCAGGGUUCAGUCAUGAUGUGGACAUGGAUCAUAUGGACCACAAACCAAAUGAGCAAAAUGACUUUUAUGGGAAAGAGGAGAAGUUUGAUGUGGACUUCAAAGACCUUGAAACGAUGACAGCGUCGUCCAAUCCGAGGUCAUUAGUGCGGGGACAAUCCGAGACUUUGCGGCAACAAUUCAUUGAUACUCACCAAUAUCGAAUCGAUGUGCACACCUGGAAUGUUGCCGGUAAGCCUCCUCCCGAUGAUCUGGACUUGGAUGGCUGGAUUAACACUUCCAACCCCGCCGAUAUUUAUGUUUUCGGCUUCCAGGAAGUAGUGCCAUUGAAUGCCAACAAUGUGCUCUGCGUUGAGAAUGACUGUCCGGCGGCACUGUGGGAGGCCAAGAUUCGAAAGACUCUGAACAAAAUUUGCGGACAACCCAAAAGCUCCGGUCUCGUGAAGUGCUUGAGUGUGCCGAUCCCAUCGCCAUCCAAUCCCAUCGAUGUGAUAGUCACGGACGUACCUGAGGUGUCGGAUGUUGAUAGAUUGCUUGCAGAAGUAGCUAGUCCAAGAUUUCAAGGAAAUUCACAAAGUUCACCCACUUCAGAAGAAAGUUUUGUUCACACCAACAAGAAUCCUACCAAUUGUAAACACUCCGUGGCCAAGCUCUCAUUAGAAAGAUACCCUAGUCAGAAUGGAGCAAGUAUCGCAGCUUCAAGCUCCCCUUGGAAUGGUUUUUCCACAGAACACCCACAUCAGUACUUACGAGUAGCGAGCAAGCAGAUGGUGGGACUUUUCAUUAUUGUCUGGAUUCGUUCCAGCCUUUGGCGCCAGGUACACAAUGUGCAGGUAUCAACUGUGGGAUGUGGACUAAUGAAUCACCUCGGCAACAAGGGUGCCGUAUCCGUGAGCAUGUUCCUUCACCACACGAGCUUUUGCUUUGUGUGCUCACACUUAACUUCUGGCCAUAAGGAGGGUGAUGCACUGCGCAGGAACGCCGACGUCGCCGAGAUUCUUCGCAGGACACGAUUUCCUCGUUUGGCAAAGCUUUUAGGACUUCAGCUCCCUGAGACGAUCUUAGCACAUGAUCGCGUGAUAUGGCUCGGAGACUUGAAUUACCGGCUGGCACUCCCCGACAAGGAAACAUGGACGCUGGUGAAACAAGGCGAUUGGGCAACGCUAUUACGUGUGGAUCAGCUCAAGCUGGAGCAAAGCGAAGGGCGAGUAUUCCCAGACUGGCAGGAAGGGCCGAUCUAUUUCCCCCCCACCUACAAGUACAUGAACGGAUCGGAUAAUUAUAGCUCUGGUGAAGGAUCAACUGGCUCGUCAUCGAAGCGACGAUCACCUGCUUGGUGCGAUCGAGUGUUAUGGUAUGGCCAGGGCCUUCACCAACUGAACUACUCUAGAGAAGACUGCAAAUUGUCAGAUCACCGCUCUGUUUCGGCAACAUUCAAUGUGGAUGUGGAAGUGGUGAGCCAGAACAAGUUGAGGAGAGUGGUGAAACACGAAGUAGAUCUGCCCAACAGGGUGGUGCCCAGAGUAAAACCCUUCAUUGACGUCCAAAAGAUCCAAGAAAACGAAGUGUGGUCUCCUCUCUUCAGGAAGACUCCCCAAUGCCAGAAGUUCAAUCAAGAAAUGGAUGACUGGUCAGAUUUGAGAGGGUUACUCGACCAACAAGUACCAACAACUGUACCAGACGACCCCACAAUUGAAAAGGCCCUGGAUGAUGAGGAAGUCGUGCAAUCAGAAGAACCGAACUGCGGCAACAGAACUUCAAAUUAGUCAAUUUUGGUCGUGGUAGGCAUCCAACAGUAUUCCUGUGUAUAAUUCAACAUGGAUCUUACCAUUUGAGCUCGCUACCUUUCAACUGGAUAUCGUUGCGAGAUUCUUGUCAGAACCCCGAAUGUUCUUCUGUUUGGCAAAAUUUACCUACUACAAGAAGUUUUUUUUUUCAA